UCCACUUGGCUGUUAUGCGGGGCAGUGCUGAGUGUGUGUCUGCCCUCAUACCCUCCAGUGACCUUAACGCCAAGGACAGGUAUGGCCGCACACCCCUCCACUUGGCUGUUAUGCGGGGCAGUGCUGAGUGUGUGUCUGCCCUCAUACCCUCCAGUGACUUUAACGCCAAAGACAAGGAUGGCCGCACACCCCUCCACUUGGCUGUUAAGCGGGGCAGUGCUGAGUGUGUGUCUGUCCUCAAAGCCUUCAGUGACCUUAACGCCAAGGACAGGUAUGGCCGCACACCCCUCCACUUGGCUGUGGAGAGAGGGCAUCUGAAGGUGGUCCAGCGGCUGACGGAGAAGGACGUGACGGCCCUACCCAUCAGGGACAAGAGAGGAAGAACCCCUCUGGACGUGGCCACGAUGCGCGGCAACACUGAGGUGGAGGAAUGGCUGGGGAAGAGGAGCGGCGCGGUGCACCUGGACGCCGCCCGCUGCCUGCACCUCAUGAGGAUCCGGCGACACAGGGAUGAAGACAUUCACAGCGACAUUGUGCUCGUGAUGCCUUGGUUGGAUUUCAUCCCAGAGCACGAUGACUGCCACCUGAUGGACGCGGACGGCCUGACUCCCCUCCACCACGCAGCGCAUGAAGGGUGGCCCCCGCGUAAAGUUACCCUGCUACUGCAGAAAGGCGUAAGCCCCCACGUGCUAACCCCCGACGGCUUGACCGCCGCUGACCUGGCACGGCGGGCAGGACGCGAGGAGACGCUGGCGGUGCUGACCCAGCACGUGUGUGGAAAGUCUUCCGCGUCGCCGGAGGAGCUGCAUGACCAGCUGCUUGGCCUCAUCAUCGAAAGGGACAACGUGAAGGAGGCGUCCCGCCUGCUGUGUAAGGGAGCCCCCAUCGAGUCCGUCGCCAGUGGUGGCAACUCACCUCUCAGACUGGCCGUGAUACUUGACCGCUGCCGCACGACCAACCUGCUGCUGGCGUGCGGCGCAAUGCUUCCUGCCAACUUGCUGCAGGAUGCCUGGCAGAGCCCUGACGUGACCUCCGGGGUGCUGGCCGCCCUCACCGCCACUUACUUGUGUCGGCUGCGGGCGGAACGGGGCCGUGUCAAGGCGCUUGUAGAGGGCAUUGACGCUCUCAUGAAGACUAUCGAGGGAGAUACCCCUUGGCGUGCUGCGUGGCCCGAGGACGAGCCACAGGCACUCAGCGCCCUCAUGGUGGAGGCUGUGCGCGCCAGAUGUCCCGUGAGCGCGGCCUUCCUGCACCGGGCCGGCGCGUGGUCCUUCCUCAGCGGGGAGUGGGGGACCAGUGCCUUGGCCACCGCGCUGGAAGAGGGCCACACGGACAUGGCCGAGCUGCUCGUGAGGCACCUGGGAAGCAGCAUCUAUGCCGACGUUCGUCUUUUGAGCGGAGCGAUGCCGGAGGCGGAGCGGCGACGACUGGGGCAGUAUCAGUACCAGAGGGAGUUGGUGAUGCUGGAGGACUUGGUAAUUCGCCAGAAGUCGGAGCGCGGGAAGGAAGCGGCGCGUCUGGCACUGCAGCUGCAGGAGAAGCUGCACGGCAGCCAUGUGGCAGGCCGUCGCUACGAAGGCCUCCCGCGUGCUGCCGGACGCAGCGUCCUGCAGCUGUCUGUCAGGAAAGGCCUCGUGCAGCUCACGUACCUGGUGGUGCAGGUGGGCCGCCUCCCGGUUGACGUGACUCUUGACGACAUUUGCGGCACCACCGCUCUCCACGAGGCCGCCUCCCACGGCAAGGAUUCUUGCGUCGCGCUGCUGCUCGGCGUCGGUGCAGACCCGCUUCGACGUGACAGGUACGUUGAUUUAGAGAUAAAGGUCAGUAAACGUCAGGCCCUUACGUCCCUCCCUGUGCGGCGGCAGUCACUGACAAGAUAUUUAUUUUUCCUUAAUAUUUCUCCUCUUUCUUCUGUGUACUAGUUUUGUGCAUUAAUGAAAACUAAAGCUUUCAGUAAGCCAUUAUUUUAACAUUUAAAAGGUAGGAGACUGUUAGUAACCUGAGGGGAGUUGAUAGGACGAAGAGACUUACGGCGGUAUCAUCAGUCAAGCUCUUCCCUC